AUGAUUUCGAAGCCGAUCCUCCGCAUUGGGAGCGUCUCGUCCACGACGGGCGACAACCCGCACGCCAUGGCCCGGAUGGUCCAACACGGCAACGUCGACGUGAUCAUCGGGGACUGGCUCUCGGAGAUGAACAUUGCCUGGAAUGCCAUCUUGAAGCAGCAGAACCCCGAUCUGGGCUAUGAAAGGGGCUUCUUGGAACAACUGGAAGAGUGCCUCGACGACAUCGUGGCGCAGGGGCUCAAGGUGGUCACCAACGCCGGGGCACUAAACACAAGGUCGCUCGCACGGGAGGUUCGCAGGCUGUGCAAGCUGAGAGGGUACGAUGUGUCCAUUGCGGCCGUGCUCGGUGACGACAUCCCCGACGUCGUAGGUCAGAUCGACCAGAAUCUCAGACACCUCGACCACGAAGAAAAGAGGUUGGAUGACUGGGAGCUCAAGCCUAUCUGCGGCGUCGCAUACAUUGGCUGCCGGGGAAUCGUCAAGGCGCUCGAUCUCGGCGCCCAAAUCGUCAUCUGCGGGCGAUGUACAGAUGCGUCGCCGCUCAUGGGGGUCUCGGCCUGGCACUUUCAGUGGACCGAAGACGACUAUGACGCCCUCGCGGGUGCUCUAGUCGCGGGACACCUCACCGAGUGCGGGCCGUAUGUGACGGGCGCCAACUUCACCGGGUUCAAAGAGAUACUCGACGACUUGGUCGACCUCACGUUUCCGAUCGCCGAGAUCAACGGCCGAGGGGAGUCUGUCAUCACAACGCUCCGGGUCGGUGGUGGCCGCGUCACAGAAGACACUGUGCGGGCGCAGAUCCUCUACGAACUUCAAGGCCACCUCUACCUGAACCCGGACGUCGUGGCCGACCUGUCCCAGAUCAAGGUCGAGGCCGAGUCUCCCGACGUGCGCGACCGAAUCCGCGUUUCGGGGAUCAAAGGUCUUCCACCGCCACCGACGACCAAGGUCAUGUUCACCGCUCCCGGAGGGUAUCAAGCCGAGGCAACCUUCUAUCUCAACGGCCUCGACGUCCAAGACAAGGUGAAGAUGAUGAGACAGCAGCUCGACCACAUCUUUAAGGACCACAGGUUCAGCAAGCUGAGUAUUGAACUCUACGGCACGUCACCUGAAGACCCCGUCAGUCAACAGGCCGGCACGGUCUUCUUCCGCAUCUUUGCGCAAGCCCGAAACCUCGAGGACAUCGGCCCCGUCAAGUUCAAGAUCCCCAUCUAUGCCUUGCGCAUGCAGGCCUACCCGGGCUACCACAUGAACUUGGACUUUCGGACCAUGGACCCCAGGCCGUUCAUGGAGAUGUUUCCGGCCCUCAUCGCCCAGGACAGCGUCAAGGUCCAAGUAGAGCUCGAAGACUCGGGCCGUCUCUUCGACAUUGCCCCUCCACAAAGGACGGUGGAAUACCCGCGUGUCCGCCCAUCCUACGAGACGGCCAGCCCGGUCGACUUGACGAGCUUCGGGCGGACAAGAAAAGCCCCAUUGGGAUCGAUCGUCCACGCUCGGUCGGGCGAUAAAGCUGACAAUUCGAACAUUGGCUUCUUCUCUCGCACUCCAUACGACGACGAAUACGAAUGGCUCAAGACGUUUCUGACCGUAGAGAGACUCAAGCUACUUCUCGGGGACGAUUGGUUCAACGGCGACACGUCGAGACGGAUCGAACGGGUGGAAUUCGAGGGCAUCAAAGCCGUGCAUUUUCGAAUACUGGACAAUCUAUCAGGAGGCAUCGCCUCUUCGGAACGUAUUGACGGGCUGGGUAAAGGCAUUGGCGAGUUCCUGAGGAGCCGCUUUGUAGACGUGCCUCUGAAGUUCCUUGAUCGCGGCCGCAUCUCAUAG